AUGUCUUUUCCUCAGGAGUCCCCGGCAGCUGUGGCGCAGCCGGGCAGUCCCGAGGCCGCGGUCGGUGAUCGGGCCCGGGUGCAGCGCGUCUCUCCUCCCGCCAGGCGGCGCCUCGCCAUUGAGGACUUCGAGAUCGGGCGUCCCCUGGGCAAGGGCAAGUUCGGCAACGUGUACCUGGCUCGGCUCAAGGAAAGCCGUUUCAUCGUGGCCCUGAAGGUCCUCUUCAAGUCGCAGAUCGAAAAGGAGGACCUGGAGCACCAGCUGCGCAGGGAGAUCGAGAUCCAGACCCACCUGCAGCACCCCAACAUCCUACGUCUGUACAACUAUUUCCAUGAUUCCCGGCGCAUAUUCAUGAUCCUGGAGUACGCUCCGCGGGGUGAGCUCUACCAAGAGCUGCAGAAAUGCCACACGCUGGACGAGCAGCGCACAGCCACGAUAGUGGAGGAGUUGGCUGACGCCCUGACCUCCUGCCACGACAGGAAGGUGAUCCACAGGGAUAUUAAGCCAGAGAAUCUGCUGCUGGGGUUCAGGGGUGAGAUUAAGAUUGCAGACUUUGGCUGGUCUGUGCACACCAUCUCUUUGAGGAGAAAGACGAGGUGCGGCACUCUGGACUACCUGCCUCCAGAAAUGAUUGAGGGGAAAAUGUACGAUGAGAAGGUGGACCUGUGGUGCAUUGGCGUGCUCUGCUAUGAGCUGCUGGUGGGAAACCCACCCUUCGAGAAUGUCUCUCACAGUGAGACCUACAACCGCAUCCUCAAGGUGGAUGUGAAGUUCCCUCCGACCAUGCCUUUGGGGGCACAGGACUUGAUCUCCAGGCUUCUCAGAUACCAGCCUUCGGAGCGGCUGCCCCUGUCCCAGAUCCUGAGGCACCCCUGGGUCCAGGCCCACUCCCGGAGGGUUCUGCCUCCUCGUGCCAGCUGACCUUGUUUACUCGCUCUGCCUCUGCCUUUGCUUUAGUUCUACUGGCUCAUGUAAAUUUUGUUGUUGUUGUUUCCUUUUUAAGAUGCAAGAUGUUAAUCAAUAAAAUAAAAGUUGAAUUAUUUAGUACCAGCUCA